AUGGGGUGCGGGCGGACGCGCCGCGCACUGCCGGCCGCCAGGCUGCUUCUCCUGCUGCCCUCCGUCUCGGAGGGGGGGGUCGGCUGCGGCGGCCAUGAAGCGCCGGCCUGCGCCUCCUGCCCAGAGGAGCAUGACUCCUCGUGCAACGGCGACUGCGCCUGGCAGCGCGGGCUCGGCAGGUGCACGGCGCGCCCAGUGGAGGCGAUGCCCGAGCUCGACGACCUCCUGGGGGAGCUCGGGCGGCUGCGGCGCGGGCUGCAGGUCCGGGCGCCCGAGCUGGGCGACCGCGCGACGUACAUCCGCAACGCCAUCGUCGGCAGUGGCAGCAGGCAGAGGCAGAGGGAGCUGCUCUGGACGCACAUGCGGUGCCUGGGCGACCGGCCGCUGCACCUCGAUGCCCUCUUCGACCUGCUCCGCACGCCCCGCAGCGCCGCGGAGGCGAAGGACGUUGAGAGCCUGGUAUGGGCGUCCCUGGAGUGGCACCCAGACGAGAAGCUGCAGCAGCAGAUGACGAGGACGCGGGCGCUGCUCGAGCUCGGCCUGCUGGCCGACGCGCUCCGCGCUGGGCGGUCCAUGGUCGAGCUGGACCCAGGCUUCGCGGAGGCCCGGUACCAGCUGGCGCUCGUGCUCGCCCGCAUGGGCAACGGUACGGAGGCGCUCGAGCAGCUCGACCAGGCCCUCCAGCUGGAGCCCCGCCACUUCGGGGCCCUGGCGGCCAAGGGCAAGCUCCUGGCCGCGGCGGGUUCGCGCGGCGAGGUGCUGGAGUGCCUGCACCAGGUCAAGAAGGUGCACCCGCACUUCAACUGCUCGGAGCUCGAGGCCGCCCUGGAGCUCUGA